GGGAGCGGCGGAACACGGAGGAGACAGUUUACCAGGAGUAAUGGACUUGUGGACUCUCACCACCACCUCAAAAAAAAUGAAUUAAUCAGGACUGUGUGAGAGCUCCAGCAGGCAGGCCAGGCACUAAAGCCGCCACAGGAAAUGCCACCUCCGCUGGAUAUUGUGAAGGUGGCAAUUGAGUGGCCUGGAGCUAAUGCCCAACUCAUUGAGAUUGACCAGAAACGACCUUUAGCGUCAAUCAUAAAGGAAGUGUGCGAUGGGUGGUCCCUGCCUAAUCCUGAGUACUACGCUUUUCGCUAUGCUGAUGGUCCCCAAUUGUAUAUCACAGAACAGACUCGUGGUGACAUUAAAAAUGGAACCAUUCUACGCCUCGCGGUUUCCCCGUCGCGGGCUGCACGACAGCUCCUCGAGAGAAUCCAGUGCUCCAGUAUGGAUGCAAGACUUGACGCAAUGAAGGAACUAGCCAAACUUUCUGCAGAUACAACGUUUGCAACUGAAUUUAUCAACAUGGAAGGCGUGACAAUCCUAACGCGACUGGUGGAGGGUGGCACCAAGCUCCUUUCACAUUACAGUGAGAUGUUGGCCUUCACACUCACAGCUUUCCUGGAGUUGAUGGAUCAUGGGAUUGUCUCCUGGGACAUGGUGUCACUCACUUUUAUUAAACAGAUUUGUGGGUACGUCUCUCAAACAUCAGUGGAUGUGUCAAUUCUGCAGCGCUCACUUGCAAUUCUAGAGAGUAUGGUAUUAAACAGCCAAGCUCUGUACCACAAGAUUGCAGAGGAAAUCACUGUUGGGCAGCUCAUAAACCACCUGCAGGUCUGUAACCAAGAAAUCCAGACCUAUGCCAUUGCUCUAAUCAAUGCCUUAUUUCUCAAGGCCCCAGAGGACAAGAGACAGGAGAUGGCAAAUGCCUUUGUUCAGAAGCACCUGAGGGCCAUUAUCCUCAAUCAUAUUAUCCGGGGCAAUCGACCAAUCAAGACAGAAAUGGCACAUCAGUUGUAUGUGCUGCAGGUUCUUACGUUCAACCUCCUGGAGGAGAGGAUGAUGACAAAGAUGGACCCCAGUGAUCAGGCUCAGAGAGACAUUAUCUUUGAGUUGAGGAGAAUCGCAUUUGAUGCAGAGUCUGACACUAGUGGAGUAUCUGGGAGUGGCACUGAAAAACGCAAAGCUAUGUACAGCAAGGACUACAAAAUGCUGGGCUUCACUAAUCAUGUGAACCCUGCUAUGGACUUUACUCAAACUCCUCCUGGUAUGUUGGCUCUGGACAACAUGUUGUAUCUGGCAAAAUUCCAUCAGGAUACCUAUGUGCGGAUCGUUCUUGAGAACAGCAGUAGGGAGGAUAAACACGAGUGUCCGUUUGGACGCAGUGCUAUUGAACUGACAAAGAUGCUAUGCGAAAUUUUGCAGGUUGGGGAACUGCCUAACGAAGGUCGAAAUGAUUACCACCCAAUGUUCUUUACACAUGAGCGAUCAUUUGAGGAAUUCUUCUGUAUCUGUAUCCAGUUGCUUAACAAGACUUGGAAAGAAAUGAGAGCCACUGCUGAAGACUUCAAUAAGGUGAUGCAAGUAGUACGAGAACAGAUAACUCGUGCCCUCCCUUCUAAACCCAACUCUCUAGAACAGCUGAAGAAUAAGUUGCGGAGUCUUAGUUAUACAGAGAUUUUGCGGCUGCGCCAGUCUGAGCGUCUCAGUCAAGAUGACUUUCAGUCUCCGCCCAUUGUUGAACUUCGCGAGAAAAUCCAGCCAGAAAUACUGGAGUUGAUUAAACAGCAACGUCUCAAUCGUCUGUGUGAAGGGAGCAGCUUUCGCAAGAUUGGCAAUCGUAGGAGACAAGAGCGUUUCUGGUUCUGCCGCCUUGCACUGAAUCACAAAGUUCUACACUAUGGAGACCUAGAAGACAACGCUCAAGGGGAAGUACCAUAUGAAUCACUGCAGGAAAAGAUCCCUGUUGCUGACAUCAAAGCUGUCCUGACAGGGAAGGACUGUCCACAUAUGAAGGAGAAGAGCGCUUUAAAACAGAACAAGGAGGUUCUUGAACUGGCAUUCUCAAUACUCUAUGACCCUGAUGAAACUCUGAACUUUAUAGCACCAAAUAAAUAUGAGUACUGCAUCUGGAUUGAUGGUGUGAAUGCGCUGCUGGGGAGGGAGAUGAACAGUGAACUAACGCGCAGUGACAUGGACACCCUUCUCAGCAUGGAAAUGAAGCUACGUUUGCUGGAUUUAGAGAACAUUCAGAUUCCAGAGGUGCCUCCUCCUAUUCCUAAGGAGCCCAGCAGCUAUGACUUUGUGUAUCACUAUGGUUGAUUUAGUGCAACUGAUUGACUAUACAUGCACACCCACUAACCUGAGGAGGAAACUUAUUAACUACCUAGGAUCAUGGGGGUUGUAUAACCCAGACCUGUACCCCAUCCAAUACUCUGUUUGUUCUCAGCAGAGCUGCUGCUUGAUAGGUCCUUGUGUGUAUCUCUGAGAUGGUCUGCAAGAUACACAGGCAAUGAGUUCCCUGAAUGUAUGUGCAGUGCCCUCUGGGUCACAGACUUUGCCAGCUACCUCCUCUGCUCUUCCCCUGUAUGGGAUUAGAAGUUGCCAAGGUACGAAGGGGGUAAGUAAGUGUCUUGCUGGACUCACUGGCACUGAAAUAGUUCAACCAAUUUAAUUCUAUUUUUGCCUUAAAAUUUAGAUUGCUUCUUCAAUCAGAGAGGGUAGCACGUGGCCCUUUCCAUGUAUUGGAGUAUGUUGCACAGCUCCCUUAGUCAUAGUGUUGUGCUCAGCCCUGUCCUGCAAUCACAGCACAGCCAGGCUUCUGUUUAUCAUGCACUGAAGGAGGUAAACAGAUUAAUGUAUGUGAGUCUCCUUCAUGUGGUACAAAGCAUAUACCCCACAUAUGUAAAUACUGAUAACAUGGGCAAUUGUGGGGAUUACGGUACAAGCGAUUUGUCGUUUGAGUUAAUGUAUAACUGUUACUAAUAAAACCAUAGACUGACA